AUGAAAAAAUGUUCUACACAACAAUCAUUUAAAAUCAGUAAAAAUGAUGAAAGUGACGAUGACAAUGUUGACAGUCGAAAAAUUUACAAUUUAACUGACAUAUUAACAACACCAUCAAGUGGUUUCUACAUAUACGAGCAUCAUCAACAAAAGCAAUCACAUGAAGAGCUUCAUUACAAACCUUUCUCGUCAUCGAAUGAGAAAACGAAAACAAAGGACCGCUAUUACAUUUACAGUCACGUCAAAACAGCGAAAGAUGAUGAAGACGAUAUGAAUCAUUCUGAUAACAGUCGUAAAAUUCGGUCAUCUGUUUUAUCAGAUAGGAAGCAAGUUAGCCGAAACAUCAGCAUGGUGUUGGAGAAUCUCUUGAUGAGUUACGAGAACUCUCAAUUGCCAACUCAUGGCGAAGGUUUGUCAUUUUCUUAUGAUUACUUUGGGGAGUCAUCAUAA